AUGUUACAAAGCAAAAAUCGAAAGUCUCGGGCUGAAUCAAAACCGGCAACAACCGACAAUGAUAAUGAUACGAUUGUCGAAGCUGCUGCUACACCGAGAAGACCAGCACGGGAUGUUCCAGUGUCAUCUCCAAUUGAAUCAUCUGUAGUACCAAAAUCAACAUGGGUUUCAUCAUCUGGAGCUGAACGUUCUUCGAGUGCAUUCCCGACAUUAAACGAGUCAAUGAGAAAUUUGUCUAUCAAUGCGGCAUCGACCUCAGCAAAAGAUUUUCGUUCUCAAAGUGUUCGUCAAGUGAUACGCCGUCGAGAAUUAUGCUCAGCUGUACCUGACUUAGCCGUAUUAACCCCAGUUCAUCGUCCUGAUGAAGGUGGCUCAAAAGGUCAGAAAAUAUCUGUUUAUACCAAUCAUUUUCGUGUUAACAUCAAUGAUGCUGUCAUUUAUCAAUACGAUAUCGACAUUGUUACGGUUGGUCGCGAUGGUAAAGCGCGUCUGCCACGGAAAGAUGAUCGUUGGGAAGCAGUACAGUCUUUUUUUAGACGAAGAAACAAUUUUCCUACAAUUUGGUAUGACGAAGGGAAAACACUAUAUACUCGAGAAAUAUUGCCUGAUUUAGCAUUGCCUAUUCAGAUUGAAUUAGAAAAAGAUGGCGAAAAAAAAAUUUUUCAAUUGAAAAAAUUAGUUCUUGUUCGACAAGAUAGAAUUCGAAAUAUUUAUGAUUUUAUUGAAAAGAAAAUAAAUAAUCGACCACGUGAAACAGUCCGAAUUAUUGAAACACUUUUCACACAACGUGCUCGAAAUGAUUUAAUCGCUAUUCGAAAUCAGUACUAUGACCGACGUCGACAACUUGAUGAUCUUGGCGAUGGUCGUGGUAUGGCAAAAGGUUUUUAUCAAGCUUUAUUUCUCACACAAGGUGGACCAACAAUCAAUGUCAAUUUGACAUUUACAUGCUUUUAUAUGCCGUUGCGUUUUGUUGAAUUUGCUUGCAAAUAUUUACGAAAAGAUAUCACGUCUGAUUUGCGUGAAGAAGAUUUAAAACCCUUUGAAAAAAUUAUUCGCAAUUUAUCCAUUGAAACAAUGCAUACCGGUCGGAGAAUUUUCUAUCGAUUCCAUGGUUUUGGUCGUCCUGCUAAUCAACUUAUGUUUCCUCGCGGUGAAGAUAAUGAACAAGCAGCAAGUACUGCUAACGUCAAAGAGAUCAGUGUUGCAAAUUAUUUUGCUGAAAAAUACAGAAAACUUAUGUAUCCACACUUACCGUGUAUUAAUGCGAUGAAAGGAGCUCAAAAUAAACCAAAUUGGUUACCUAUGGAAGUUGUCAAUAUAGUCGAAUGGCAACGUUCGUUAAAACCAUUGGAUAAACAACAGCGAGGUCUUGUUUCUAGAAAUACGAUCAUCAAACCAGGACAACGUUACGAUGAAAUUAUGAAAAUUGUACGUAACAAUCAAUUCGAUAGAGAUCCUUAUCUCAAAGAACUUAAUAUUCGUGUUGAAGACAAAGAAAUGCUUGAAAUUAAAGCACGUGUACUCUCACCUCCAGCAAUCAUAUAUCGUCGUCGUGGUCGAGGUGAAGUCAUUGAAUCUGUUAAUUGUGGCAAAUGGCGAAUUCGAAAUUGGUUUUAUACAACAUCCGAAAUCAAUUCGUGGGGAAUGAUUUAUUUUGGUGAUAAAUCUAAUAGAUCUAUUGAGAAUAUGCUUUAUGAAUUCCAAAAUCAACUACCAGAUCUACUUAGACGCAAUGGUUUCGUAAUUAAUAUCGAACCAUCAUUGACAAUAAAAAAUUCAUUUGAAAAUGAAAUUAACAAUACGUUACUCGAUGCUAGCAGACAACGUUGGCAAUUGGCUAUUGUUAUUAUUAACAGUCGUAAUUCAGAUAAUGUCUAUAAUUGUGUUAAAAAGUAUGCUAAUACAAGGAUUGGUUUGAUGACUCAAUGUGUUAAUUUUCAAGCUUUGGAACGAAACAUGAAUAAACUUGAAAUGUAUGUUGAAAAUUUAAGUCAAAAAAUUAAUGGAAAAUUAGGUGGUAUCAAUGGUGUCGUCAAUAUUAAAUCAGCUCUUAGUCAUUCUUCAAGAGAAGAUCUUUUUAUGUUCUUUGGAGCUGAUGUAACUCACUCAACUUGUUCAAGUGAUCGUCCAUCAAUAGCAGCUGUUGUUGGUUCGCGAGAUUUGACAAACAGUCUAUAUGCUGCUCGACUUUGUGAACAAUAUCCAAAAAAGGGUCGUUGUUCAUUGGAAAUUAUAAAAGAGUUAGACAAAAUGGUAAUUGAUUUGCUUCAAGUAUUUGCAGACUCAUGUGGCGAUCGUCUUCCAAAUAAAAUUGUUUUCUAUCGAGAUGGUGUUGAUGAAGGACAGUACCAGAAAGUACUCGAUAAUGAAGUUAUAAAAAUUAAACAUGCAUGUUGUAUCGUUUAUCGUGACAAACCUUUACCAAAAUUAGCAUUUAUUGUUGUGAAAAAACGUCAUAACACACGUUUCUUUCUAUAUGAUAAUAAUCAAACAAUGAAUGUCCAAGCAGGUACUGUUAUCGAUCAGAAUAUAAUUCAUCCAACUCAAUUUGAUUUCUACUUAUGCUCACAGGCGGCAAUAAUGGGUACAUCGCGACCAGCUUUGUAUCAUGUUCUUUAUGAUGAAAUUGGAUUUAGUAGUGAUGAUAUUCAACAACUUACCUAUUGGGCAAGUUUAUAUUGUUUGAAAAAAUUUUAA